AUAUAACAGCUCCGCCUCCUCCGCGAACCGGAAAACCCUAACCCUCGCAGCCGCAUCGCGCCACCGCCUCCUCCUCCCCCUCCCCCUCCGGCGAGAGAGCCCGCGCCGUUGCCGCCGCCGCCGCCGCCGCCAUGUCGCUGAUCGCGGGGGAGGAUUUCCAGCACAUCCUGCGUCUGCUGAACACGAACGUGGAUGGGAAGCAGAAGAUCAUGUUCGCGCUCACCUCCAUCAAGGGUGUCGGCCGCCGCUUCUCCAACAUCGCCUGCAAGAAGGCCGACAUCGACAUGAACAAGCGGGCUGGUGAACUCACUCCUGAGGAGCUUGAGCGCCUCAUGACUGUGGUGGCAAACCCUCGCCAGUUCAAGGUCCCUGACUGGUUUCUGAACAGGAAGAAGGACUACAAGGAUGGGAGGUUCUCCCAGGUUGUUUCUAACGCCCUGGACAUGAAGCUCAGGGAUGACCUUGAGAGGCUGAAGAAGAUCAGGAACCACCGUGGUCUCCGUCACUACUGGGGUCUCCGUGUCCGCGGUCAGCACACCAAGACUACUGGCAGGAGGGGAAAGACUGUCGGUGUCUCCAAGAAGAGAUAAAUUCCAUGCCCAUCGGCUCAGCAAAUUCAUUUUGCUUGUCUUAUGAGCGUUUCAAUGAUGUCAGUCUUGAUAGGCAGUUUUGUUGGAUGAUGCUUUUGUCUAAGAAGAUAGAUCGUGCGUUGCAGGAAUCUCAAAACUUUUAUAUAUUGUAACUUGGUUGUUUGGUACCGCAAAUUCUGAAGCCUAAUUUUUUUACUGGAUGUGUUUCUGGUGGAUGUUAUGUUUUCA